AUGGCAGAAAACCCUCCAAUUGAUCUUAUUGACGUUUGUCAAUUGUCCUCUUUGGGCAUUUCCCCGCAAUCCUUCAACUUUAUGGCCACAACUUUGCAGUCUGACCACUAUGUUUGCUGUAGGGAAACCUCUGAUUCGGGCAACUCGGUCGCCAUUGUCGACCUGAAAAACAACAACCAAGUCACCAGAAAGUCGAUGACUGCCGACUCCGUCAUCAUGCACCCUUCGCAGAACGUCAUUGCACUGAGGGCAAACGGUACAACUCUCCAGGUUUUCAACCUCUCCACCAAGCAGAGACUCAAGUCCAACAUUAUGAGUGAGCCGGUGAUAUUCUGGAGCUGGUUGGACGAGUCCACCAUCGGUCUGGUCACAGCUUCGUCCACGUUCACCUGGAACGUGUUCGACGGCACGGAAAACGGACCGGUCCUCUUGACUGCAAGACACGUCUCCUUGGCCAAUUGUCAGCUCACCAUGUUUGUGGCAAACUACAACCUGUCCUGGUUUGCCCUCUGCGGUAUUGCCCAGGAAAACGGCAGAAUCGUCGGACACAUCCAGCUCUAUUCCAAGGCCAGAAACGUCUCGCAGCCAAUCGAGGGCCAUGUUUGCGCGUUUGCCAAGUUCAAGCUGCAAAAUUCCCCAGUCGACACACAACUUUUUGCAUGUGCUUCUAGAACAGCAGACGGCGGCAACUUGCACGUCUUGGAAAUCGACCAUCAAGAAGGUGCCCCAGCCUUUACCAAAAAAUCCGCAGACAUCUUCUUCCCUGCAGAGAUCGCCAACGACUUCCCUGUUUCUAUCCACGUCUCCAACAGAUACGGAAUCGUCUACGUGCUAACCAAGUUCGGCUUCAUCCACCUGUACGACCUCGAAUCCGGAAAAAAGAUCUUCCUCAACAGAAUCUCCUCCGACCCUGUUUUCACUGCCUCCAGUUUCAACGAGAGUGCCGGAAUGAUUGCUGUUAACAGAAGCGGUUCUGUGCUUGCUGUCGAGGUGGCCAACGAUCGAAUUGUUUCCUACAUCUUGAAGAACCUCGGUGACGUCGAGCUUGCUCUGAACCUGGCUUCCAGAGCAGGUCUUCCUGGUGCCGAGUCUCUCUUCACGCAACAAUUCAACCAGUCUCUUGCCCAGGGUGACUACGGAGCAGCCGUUAAGAUUGCAGCUUCCUCUGUUCAAUUGAGAGUCCCAGACACAAUCUCCAGACUCAAGUCGUUGCCAACACCUCCUGGCCAGCCGGCCCCAAUCUUGCAAUACUUGGUUUACCUGCUGGAUAGAGGUGCUCUUAACAAAUACGAAACUUUGGAGUUGGUGAGACCUCUUUUGCAACAAAACAGAGUCGAGACCCUUGAAAAGUACCUCAAGGAAGAUAAAUUGGAUUACUCUGAAGAACUCGGUGACCUUGUGAAACCCUUCAACACAACCUUGGCCUUGGCUAUCUACUACAAGUCGGAAGUGCCUUCCAAGGUGGUCACCUGUCUCGGAGAGUUGGGACAAUUCGACAAGAUCCUGCCAUACUGUGAAAAGUCCAACUACCAUCCAAACUUCACUGUUUUGAUUCAGAACAUCCUGAGAGUCAACCCAGAUAAGGCCGCCGAGUUUGCUACCCAGUUGUACUCUCAGCAACCAGAGUUGGACGUUCAACAAGUUGCAGACAUCUUCCUUUCCCAAAACUACAUUCAGCAAGGAACCGCAUUCCUUUUGGACGCUUUGAAAGAGGAUAAGCCAUCUGAGGGAAGUCUGCAAACUAGACUACUUGAAGUUAACUUGCUGCAUGCCCCACAGGUUGCCGAUGCCAUUCUUGGAAACGCCAUGUUCUCUCACUAUGAUAGACCAACCAUUGCUGCUCUUUGUGAGAAAGCUGGUCUCUACCAGAGAGCUUUGGAGCACUACGAAAACAUCAAGGACAUCAAGAGAGUCAUUGUUCACUCCAAUGCAUUGCCUGUUGACUGGCUUGUGGCAUACUUUGGAAAGUUGAAUGUUGAACAAUCUGUUGCAUGUCUGAGAGAAAUGCUGUCCAAGAACUUGGCCCAAAACUUGCAAGUUGUCAUCCAAGUUGCUACCAAGUACUCCGAGCUGAUUGGUCCUACCACCUUGAUCAAGAUCUUUGAGGAGUUUAAGUGCACCGAGGGUGAAUACUACUACCUUUCUUCGAUUGUCAACAUUACACAGGAACCGGAGGUUGUUCUUAGAUACAUCCAGAGUGCAGCCAAGCUUGGACAAGUGAAAGAAAUUGAGAGAGUUGUUAGAGACAACAAUGUCUACAAUGGCGAAAAGGUCAAGAACUUUUUGAAAGAGGCCAAACUUCCUGAUCAGUUACCAUUGAUCGUUGUUUGCGAUAGAUUCAACUUUGUUCAUGACUUGAUUCUGUACCUUUACAAGAACCAAUUCUUCAAGUUCAUUGAGGUUUAUGUUCAACAAGUCAACCCAUCCAAGACCGCACAAGUUGUUGCAGCUUUGCUUGAUGUUGACUGUGACGAGAGUGUGAUCAAGUCUCUCUUGCAAUCCGUUCUUGGACAAGUUCCAAUUGCCGAGCUUUGUGAGGAGGUGGAAAAGAGAAACAGACUCAAGAUCCUGCUGCCUUUCUUGGAGGCUACUUUGCAAUCUGGUGCCGCAGACAAGGCCGUCUACGACACUCUUGCCAAGAUCUACAUUGACUCCAACAACAACCCAGAGAAAUUCCUGCUUGAGAACGACCAAUACGACACUCUUGUUGUUGGUAAGUACUGUGAGAAGAGAGACCCAUACUUGGCCUACAUCGCCUACGACAAGGGUUUCAAUGACGAUGAGUUGAUCAACAUCACAAACGAAAAUGCCAUGUACAAAUACCAAGCCAGAUACCUGCUCAAGAGAUCUGAUCUUGCUCUUUGGGGCAAGGUGUUGUCUGAGGACAACAUCCACCGCAGACAAUUGGUGGACCAAGUUGUGGGAACUGCUGUUCCUGAACUGGAAGAUCCACAACCUGUUUCCAUUGCAGUGAAGGCGUUCAUGGAGAACGAUCUUCCAGGCGAGUUGACUGAGCUGUUGGAGAAGAUCAUCUUGGAGCCAUCUCCAUUUAAUGAUAACCCAUCAUUGCAGGCGUUGUUGAUCUUGACUGCCAUCAAGGUUGACAAGUCCAAGGUUAGUUCUUAUGUUGACAAGCUUGAUGCUUAUGAUCCAGAUGAGGUUGCUCCAUUGUGUAUCGAGAACGGUUUGCAAGAGGAAGCCUUUGAGAUCUACGACAAGUUUGAGAGAUACACCGACGCCAUGAAGGUUUUGGUUGAAGAUAUCAUGUCUCUUGACAGAGGUGAGAACUACGCCGAGAAGCUUGAGAAGCCUGAACUGUGGUCUCAGCUUGGUGCCGCUCAAUUGAACGGUUUGAGAAUUCCAGAGGCUAUCAACUCUUAUCUGAAGGCUGGUGACUCUUCCAACUUUGAGCAAGUCAUUGAUAUCGCUGAGCAUGCUGGUAAGGAGGAAGAGCUUGUUCCAUACUUGUUGAUGGCUAGACAAACUCUCAGAGAGCCAAAGGUUGACGAGGCCAUCAUCAACGCUUACGCUACGCUUGGCAAGCUGAGCGAGAUCGAGAAGUUCUUGCAAUUGACCAACGUUGCUGACUUGGAAUCUAUUGGUGACAAGUUGUACUCCAACAAGAACUACGAUGCUGCCAAGUUGAUCUACUCCAAUAUAUCCAACUACUCCAAGCUUGCUUCCACCUUGGUUUACUUGAAGGACUACCAAUCUGCUGUUGACUGUGCUAGAAAGGCUUCCAAUGUUGCCGUUUGGAAACAGGUCAACCAAGCUUGUAUUGAAAACAAGGAGUUCAAGCUUGCACAGAUGUGUGGUCUGAACCUGAUUGUUCAUGCUGAGGAACUGGACGAGUUGGUGAAGCAGUACGAGUACAACGGUUACUUUAAGGAGCUGAUUUCGUUGUUCGAGAACGGUCUAUCUUUGGAGAGAGCCCACAUGGGUAUGUUCACCGAACUGGCUAUCUUGUACACCAAGUACCGUCCUCAAGACACCAUGGAGCACUUGAAACUGUUCUGGUCUAGACUCAACAUUCCAAAGGUGAUUAGAGCCUGCGAGUCUGCUCACUUGUGGCCAGAGCUAAUUUUCCUGUACUGUCACUACGACGAGUGGGACAAUGCUGCUCUUGCGAUGAUGGAGCGUUCGGAGACUGCUUUCGAGCACUCUUCGUUCAAGGAGAUCAUCGUGAAGGUCGCCAACCUGGAAAUCUACUACAAGGCUAUUAACUUCUACUUGAACUUGCAUCCAUCGCUGUUGACGGAUCUGCUUGCCGUGCUUUCGCCAAGACUGGAUCUUCCAAGAGUGGUGAAGAUCUUUGUGAAGUCUGACAACCUACCAUUGAUCAAGCCGUUUUUGAUCUCUGUGCUGGAGAAGAACAACUCGAUGGUGAACCAGGCGUACCACGACCUGCUGAUCGAGGAGGAGGACUACAAGUCUCUGCGGUCUGUUAUUGAUGCCCACGACAAGUUUGACCAUCUUGGACUGGCCGAGAGACUGGAGAAGCACGAUCUGAUCUUCUUCAGACAGAUCGCAGCCAUCAUUUACAGAAACAACAAGAAAUGGAACAAGGCCAUUGGCCUGCUCAAGGCAGACAAGCUGUGGUCGGAUGCUAUUGAGACGGCUGCCCUUUCGAACACCCCGAAGGUGGCCUCGGAGCUGCUGACGUACUUUGUUGAGACAGGCAACAAGGAAUGUUUUGUGGCCACGUUGUAUGCGUGCUACCACCUUAUUUCGCCGGACGUUGUUUUGGAACUUUCGUGGCUGCACAAUCUUGGCGACUAUGUUAAGCCGUACGAGAUCUCCAUUGCCAAAGAGAACCAGGACAAGCUGGCCGAAGUGUAUGCUGACCUGAAGGAGAGACAGUCCAAACAGACGCAGGCCGAGGAGGACCAGCCUGCUCUUGGCGGCCAAAGACUGCUGUUGACCAACGGAACCGGUCUGCAGCCCCAGAUCGGGUUCCAGCCCACUGGAGCUGGGUUUGGCAACGGGUUUUGA